GGGAAGAGAACUGUUGGUAAAUAAAACAGUUCGUCUCCCUGUUGGCUCAUGCACACUGCUUUGGAUGGCUGUGCGCAGCACAGCCAACCAAAGCAGUGUGCUUACAGUGAAGCACACAAAGCACAGUGUAAAACAGCAUACAGUUAACCCUUUGAUCGCCCCUCAUGUUAACCCCUUCCUGCCCAGUGCCAUUAGUACAGUGUCAGUGCUUUUUUUUUUUGCACUGAUCACUGUAUUGGUGUCACUGGGGAUGUCAGUGAUACCAAGUCAGUUCCCCCCAGUGUCAGAAUGCCCGCCGCAGUCCUGCUAUAAGUCGCUGAUCGCCGCCAUUAUUAAUAAAAAUAUA